UUUUUUUUAAUUUUGAAAGAGGAAAUUAGUAGGCUGCUGCCAAGUAGCUCGCCUCACCUACCGUAUACGCAGUACAGUGAUUAACUAGGACGGCUGGUCAGUGUGGAAUAUCCCUCCAACAGCAGAGAAUCUUCAACAUGUGUGUCCCAGGUCCAUGUUGAUAGCCAGGAUAAACCAGAAGCAAGUUCAUCCACCCAGGAGAUGUGUGGCGGCUCAACAAAGACUGCAAAUCUGCCAGGGGGCUGGCAGGAGUCAACCAGAUGUGUGUGUAAUGGCGGUUCUGGUGCUGGGAGGAAUUACAAGGCACUUUUAUGCACAAAGACUCGAAAACGUGCCAGGGUAGGAAGGGGCGCUGAUCACACGGAGCUCAGCAACAGCUGGUCAUGUUCGGAGUGUGACCUGAAUGAGAUCCGCCUGAUAGUUUACCAGGACUGUGAAAGGAGGGGCAGACAAGUCUUGUUUGAUUCUAAAGCGGUUCACAAGAUUGAAGAGGUGGCAACUCAGAAAACAGAGGAUGUCCCUGUUAAACUGUCAGCCAAGUGCUGUCAGGGCAGCGGCAGCAGUGGCGGCGGCAGCAUCUCACCCCACAGUUCUUCCGGGGGAUCGCUACAGCUCGCCAAGGAGCAGCUCCCAAAGUACCAGUACACCAGACCAGCUUCUGAUGUCAACAUGCUGGGGGAAAUGAUGUUUGGCUCAGUCGCCAUGAGUUACAAAGGCUCCACUUUAAAGAUACACUAUAUCCGUUCUCCUCCACAACUGAUGAUUAGUAAGGUUUUCUCUGCUAGAAUGGGCAGCUUCUGUGGGAGUACAAAUAACUUGCAAGACAGCUUUGAAUAUAUCCAUCAAGAUCCUAAUUUGGGAAAACUGAACACAAAUCAGAAUAAUUUGGGUCCUUGUCGUACUGGGAGUAACCUAGGUCUGCUGCAGGCAUGCAGCAGCAAACUGCUGCAGGGCGUAGCUGAAGGAGGACCGCUCCGGCUCACCCGGAGUGCUUCUUUCUUUGCAGCGCAUAGCACUCCGGUUGACAUGCCAAGCAGAGGACAAAAUGAAGACCGGGACAGUGGCAUUGCCAGAUCAGCCUCACUAAGCAGCCUUUUGAUUACACCUUUUCCAUCUCCAAGCUCCUCUACAUCCUCUUCCAGCAGUUACCAGCGCCGCUGGCUUCGAAGUCAGACAACAAGUUUGGAAAAUGGCAUCAUUCCAAGGAGGUCAAUGGAUGAGACAUUCAGCCUAGCUGAAGAAACCUGCAGUUCUAAUCCAGCCAUAGUUCGGAGGAAGAAAAUUGCCAUAAGCAUCAUCUUUUCUCUGUGUGAGAGAGAAGAGGCACAAAGGAAUUUCCAGGACUUCUUUUUUUCUCAUUUUCCCUUGUUUGAAUCUCACAUGAACAGGUUGAAGAGUGCCAUUGAAAAGGCCAUGAUCUCCUGCAGAAAGAUAGCAGAAUCGAGUCUGCGUGUCCAGUUCUAUGUCAGCCGUCUGAUGGAAGCUCUGGGAGAAUUCAGAGGAACGAUCUGGAACUUGUAUUCUGUUCCAAGGAUAGCUGAACCUGUAUGGCUUACCAUGAUGUCCAGCACUUUGGAAAAAACCCAUCUAUGCCAGCGCUUUCUCAAGGAAUUCACACUUCUGAUAGAACAGAUCAACAAAAACCAGUUUUUUGCUGCCUUACUGACUGCAGUGUUAACCUACCACCUGGCCUGGGUACCAACCGUCAUGCCUGUUGAUCAUCCUCCCAUUAAAGCCUUCUCAGAGAAACGCACCUCUCAGUCCGUGAACACGCUGGCCAAGACACAUCCGUAUAACCCUCUCUGGGCACAGCUGGGUGAUCUUUACGGAGCCAUUGGCUCUCCAGUGAGGCUGACUCGCACCGUUGUGGUGGGGAAGCAGAAGGAUUUGGUCCAACGCAUACUUUAUGUCCUGACCUACUUUCUCCGUUGCUCGGAGCUACAAGAGAACCAGCUGACCUGGAGUGGGAAUCACGGUGAAGGUGACCAGGUGUUAAACGGGAGCAACAUCACCACAGCCUUGGAGAGGGGAGAGGUAGAGGAGUCUGAGUAUGUGGUGGUCACGGUGAGAAGUGAGCCUGCUCUCCUUCCCCCUCUCCUACCACCUACUAUGGCUGAGGGAAGGAGCCCCAGGUCUGAGGGGCUGGGUGUAUCCCCAGAGGGCACUGACAUUAGAGACCUGGGUUCCAAACCUGACAAAGAAGGAAACAAAAGGCCAGAGCAGAGCUCUCAGGCCUGCAGCAUGGGAUUCCAAGAGCCAGCCUUGGACAGCUCUUGGGAACCUCAGGGAACAUUUUGUGGGGAGGAAGAAAGUGAAAACGAGGCACCAGGAGAUGGCUCUUCAAGACUGUCCAGCUGUGAAAGGCAAGGGGCAGGGGUGAAGAUCAGCCAGCAGACUGUCAGUGAGGAGUUGAGAAGGGAGAUGCCUAAGAAACUCGCAGACCGGUCAGCAGCCUGGCCUUGCCCUGACAGACAUUCCCGGGAGAAACCUCCCUUAGAAAAGGUUACUUUCCAGAUUGGAAGCUCUGUAUCUCCAGAGUCUGACUUGGAAAGCCGCACCAAAAGAAUGGAGAAGCGGCUAAUGGCCUGUAGACAUUAUCCAGAAUUAGGCUGCCAUUCCUCGGCUACGUCUGGGACGACCACUGACAUGCCUCAGGACCCGCCGGUUUCUAGGUGCUCCUUCACACCUGGCUUCCAGAAGAAUUUCCACUGUCCUCAGAGUCCAUCCUGUGAGAGGAAUGAAGGUGAAUUUGAGAGGGAUUUUGCUGAGGACAGGGACAUGAAAACUGAGGUGGUAGCAGAUGCUGCCAGGCAGCCCAGCCAGUCUGCUGACUCGCUGGCACCUGACAGCAGUGCGCCAGGAACUGGAACGAGGAUGCUGGAGAAGCCAAGACGUUUGCACUUGAAGGAUAUAGAAGGACCUUUGAUACAGCCUGUUCCAAGCAAGUGUGCACAGCAGGACUCUGGCUUCUCGGGCACUGCAGAUGUCCCCUGUGGGGAUGCCGACAGGAAGGCCAACUUCAGGAUGGAAGGAGACAUUCCCAGAAACGAAAGUUCAGACAGUGCGCUUGGAGACAGUGAUGAGGAAGCGUGUGCUUCAGCCUCACUGAAUCUAGAGCACAGCGAUGACCGGACUGAAGGGUCCUUGGAAGUGGAGCUGCCUCUGCCAAGGUCUCAGAGCAUCAGCAACCCAAAUGUAAGAAACUUUGGCCGCUCACUUCUGGCAGGUUAUUGCCCCACGUACAUGCCUGAUCUGGUGCUUCAUGGGACCAGCAGCGAUGAGAAGCUGAAGCAGUGUCUGGUGGCUGAUCUGGUCCACACAGUCCAUCAUCCAGUGCUCGACGAGCCGAUCGCCGAAGCAGUCUGUAUUAUCGCAGACACAGACAAGUGGAGUGUCCAGGUAGCCACAAGUCAGAGGAAGGUGACGGACAGCAUGAAACUGGGCCAGGAUGUCUUGGUCUCGAGUCAGGUGUCUAGUUUGCUUCACUCCAUUUUACAGCUCUACAAGCUUCACCUCCCUGCUGAUUUUUGCAUCAUGCAUCUUGAAGAUAGACUACAGGAGAUGUACCUGAAAAGUAAGAUGCUGUCUGAAUAUCUUCGUGGACACACACGAGUCCAUGUGAAAGAAUUAGGUGUCGUACUGGGGAUUGAAUCCAACGACCUGCCUCUGUUGACUGCUAUUGCCAGUACUCAUUCUCCUUACGUUGCGCAAAUACUCUUAUAAGCUAAAGCUCAGGACAGUUCUUCCUUGGAAGAAAAAAAAAAAAUCAGAUUCUCAACCGAAGUUGAAAGGAGUAAGCUCUCUGUGACGUCAAAAGCAUGAGAAGAGCAAACAGAAACAGUCAUUCCACCGCUUUGUUUUGUUUUGUUUUCUUGCUUUCAAGCGGAUGCUUCAUUGGACGACUUAGGUUUACUUGACAUUAUAUCAUUUGUGUUUUUCGUGAAUACUCUUUGGCCUUUUGUUACCCAUGAAUCAACAGAGAGAGUGACCUUUUUGGUAGGAGGAAACAUAAACACUACAGUAAACACUAAGCUGCUGGUACAGAUCACCUUGUGUGUUUGGGCAGAAUGAUAAGGGAACCAGUGGACAUACCAUUCCAGUAGGACGACAUUUCAGAGUUUAAGCAUGAGCUCCAAAAUGGAGAAUGCUUUAUUUGCUGUCCUAAGAAGACAGUCAGAGCAAGGGAUUUGGAUUCCAGGGCAGAGUUUGUUUCUUACAGAAGGUGAAAGGAAGCAAGCCACAUUGUGCCAUCUUCCGCUCCGGUGGCUGUAGGCAUUACUGCCUGGCAGAAAACAGGAAAGAGGAUCGACCGUUGGGCAGAGGGUGCUUUAGGGACCCACUCUUUCCACAUCUUGGAGUUUACCUUGUUGCAGAUGCAGCCACAGGUAGGUUAGAGACGGACUAUUGGUGCAAUAAACCCAGGAACCAAUGUAGCAUCUUAAUCUCAUCAAGAUGUAGUUCAGAGCAGCAGAGUGCACAGUCUGAUGCCAUAUGUUUUAUCCUCAUACUUUAGAGCUUUCAGCAGCCUUCUUAAGAGAGGCCAUUUACCAAAGUCAUUUCUAUAAGCUCAAGAGUGUUUCUCUUGCUAAAUUCUUCCAGCCGAAGCCACUUUCUUCCACAAUAGUUAAUACAAACGACUGUUUGUACUUUCAGAGGCACAGCGGGCCUGGCAGGGAAUGAGCCUGCGACAGUUCAGGACGACCAUUGAAAGAAAUUGGUUUGUACAUCUACCAGCAAUCCAUAAAUGAUCUGUGUUACAUUCUCCUCUCUGUGCCUCCUAACCCCUAAGUCCUUUGCAAAACACCUCUGCAGAAAUUAACUCACCCGUGAUAAAAUAUGCCAAAAUGAAAGAUUGUUUAUUAGCAUGGUUCACUUUAUCAGAAACCUUAAUGUGAAAGAAACUUUUCUUGGUUUACUGGCCAUGAACUCUGGCCAUGUCAGGCCACGUACUGACGUCCAGGGUAAAGGAAAAGACUUUUCAAAACUGGAUUGUGAAAAGACAGGCGCUAAUCUCACACAUCAGAACAUUGUUAGCCCCUUGCAGAUCUUGAGUACAAUUGGUUAUAACCAGGCUCUGGUUUCCUUUCACUGUCGUAGAAAUUAAUUCCGGUCCUUCUCGUGUACCCUUUUGUACCUAAGAUUAUGAAGUAAAUUCCCUUUUAGGGGUUAGAAUGACUUCAGAUUUUUUAUUUGAUAAAAUUCUGAUUCUAAACACCCAAGUUCCAUAAAUUUGUCUAUUCUUUUACAAAUGCAAGUUAAUUGUUUGAAAGAGUAUAGCAGCAGUACCAAUGGAGAAAAAUAGGUGUAAUAUUUCUUUAGGAAUAGGUCAGAACUGCUGCCUUCAUUUCUCUCUCUCUUUCUCUCUCUCUUUUUUUAUGAUGUGAACUGUAGGUGGGUGCAUUAAGGCUCUUAAGAUCUUUGCUUUUUAUUUUAUGUCUUUUACAGGAUUGAAGUUUUCCGUCCUUUUUAUGUUUAUUUUAUUUCCUCUAACAUCUGAGUUUGGUGUUUUUAAGUCUCCAGUUCCAUGACAUCACUGCUUGCUGGUGUGUUACACAGAGAAUGAACCUCACCUCUGGCUCGGCUCACUCAUCAUUUGUUUCUCGUUAUGUGUGAAUAAAUUAUGAUAGCUGAUGUUACAGCAUUCCCAUCUGUACCGGUGUAGACCAUUCCCCUCAUCUCUCUUUCCCCUUUCCUUGUUUACAUGUUUUGAGCACUUUCCCUCAUUCACCAUUUUCCAGGGAUUCAUAGAAAAUAACUAGAAACAAAAGUAGUUUCAUUCAAAAUGUGUAUGCAUAGCGGCAUGUUAAAAAUUAGACCCAUGUAGGGGGAAAUUGAGUUUAAAUGGCUAAUUCUAAACUCCACACAUAAAAAUUUAGCCCAGUCCUCUCAAAGCCUGAGAAAAUUUAAUUUGCCUCUUAAUCUACUGUUCUAAAACUCUCUCUCAGAAAACGUCUAUUGGAAAACUACAGGUGGGUCACAUGUGGGGGUUGUCUCGGUGACACUCAGGAUUCUAGUCAGAACCUAAUCCUCACAUCUCUUGCCUACAAAAACAGACCAGGAAUGUUGCUGCUCUUUUAUAAUCCUCCUUUAAAUAGCACUCAAGUUUUGUCUUAAAAUUCAACCUCUUCCUGUAAGUGGAAAAGGAAAAAAAAAACAAAAACUCAUGGAAUUGCGUUCAAAUACACCCACAGACACCACCCGGUGGCUUCAUUCUGUCGUAGCCCAAGAGGCAAGAAAGGGAUCCCGCCCUCUCCCAAUGCCCACCUCAAGAAGAAAAUUAAAAUGAAAAACAAAACAAAACAAAACAAAAAGAAAACUACCUCAGUUGACAGGAUUCCACCUUUAGGGUUUCUUCAACUUUUAAGUCUUACCUGUUGAGUGUAACUUUUGUAGCAUCUUGCUUUUUUAAGCAAGCUAGUGAGGCAUGACAGAGCAGAAGUGUGUAAAUGUUACUGUGAUGGACCUCUUUCUAGCAUGUUGCAGUUUUAUUUUUACUAGAUUGACGAGUGAUAUGAAUGUAAAGAUAAUUGUGUAUGUUUAAACAUGACAAUGAAAAUUUAAAAUGUAGCUUCCAUACUUGUGCAUAAUUCCAAAGUAUUUUAUUUUUAUCAGUGUUAAAUAGCUUUUUGUACAGGCUUCAAUCCAUUUUUCUGAAGUGUGCUGUUUUUUAAUAAAAGUAACUAUAAUCUUUUCACAUCCCAUGGAACUGCCGUUUACACAUCACAACUUUUUAAACUUACCAUAUUUUUCAAAAGUAACUUUUUUGGAGGGAGGAAAGUCCCCGCUUGCUAAGUGAUACUAAACUGUUGUUUAGGCUCUUAUAAUUAGGUCCUGAGAUUUUAUAAAAAAUUUAGUCUGUAGCUUUUUAGGUUAUUCAUUAGAGUUGGUUGUACAUAAAAAUAAAGAAUAUAAAGUGACCCUAAAAUUCUUUUAAAUGUCUGGAUUUUCCCACUAAUAUGUACUUUUGAAAGUAUUUUGUUGAUGCAUACUUUCACCAUUAAAUUGAAAAAUUCUUUAGCUUCUCUUGGUAAAUGUGAACCAUUUGUUUUUUAUUGUGCUGUGGGGGAGGGGAUAUUUUAAUAUAAUACUUACCUAAAUCAAGCAGCCCCCUCUGAGUGUUAAUUUUUAAAUGUCAAAAUUUUGGUGACCAUAUAUCUUUGGAGCAAGACUGCAAUAUGUUUAAAUUUAAGUGGUGUUUAAAAAGAGAAAAUUCUGGGAUUUGUUAUUAUUGACGCUCCAGAAGACAAAUUGAUAGGACUUUAUAUUUUUGAUCAGGUAAAUAGAUAUCAAUGGCAAUGUAUAGAAAUUUUUUCUUAAAAUUUGUUCUUGUAUUAUUUUGAUCCAUUUUUCUGUGGCAUUUGGUGCAAUAAAUCUUUUGAAUUUAUCUUGAA